AAUAAACUCUAGAUAUUUGUUUAAACAUUAACCGACCCUACUUAUCGACACACAGUUUUUACUUGCGACUCUGUAAUCAAAUUAUAUAUUAUCGAAAAUAAGCAAAUAUCUCGAUGCUUUCGAGUGGUACUGUACGCGAAGCGUAAUAACUUUGUAAACACAACGUCGUAUUUGAUUAAUUAAAACAAUCGUGUUCCAUGUACGUUUGAAGUAUUAUACUGCCACAUUAUGCAUUUUCUCGUGUACACCGAGACAGAUUAGUUUUAAUUGAACGAGAUAUUUAUGCAGUAUCAAAAUAUGGUCUAGAGCAAGGACAAGAAAGGAUGGUUUAUUUGAAGUUUAGUUUAGUUUUAUCCGUACAAGCAAUACCCAAUACAAAAACUGAUUACAAUCUCUUCGUACGUCUUACCCCAACACUGGGCUUUCAACUUCUGUCUUCUCGGAUCAAAAAUUGCUGACCCUCGACUCUCGCAUCCUUCUCCCACUCUUUUACUCAUUUAGCUUUGACGUCACCAAGGCAUAUACUCUUACACACUCUCUCUCUCUCUCUCUCUCUUUCUCUCUUCUCCGGCACUCUUACGAUUCUCAGUUUAUACCUUAAACUUACAACUUGUACUAUCCCGAGAAACUCGAACAUAAACAUACAAUAGACCAAGCGUAUACCCCCCUUUUCCGAUACUACAUUUAUAUAUCGGAAAAAGAACAUUAUGAAAAAGCAAACUAAAUCGCACUCCGGUUUCUGUCCCCAUAAACUUUGUCGCUAGAUCACCCUGGCGCUAAAUAAAAUAUAGCGACAUAUUUUUACGUUCAAAUUGGAAACAAUAUAUAACGCGCCCCGUCAUCGUUCCAGGAAAUAUCUUGCCGAAAAAUUUUUAAGAGAGAGUUAUUCGGCGUUGAUAUUUCCGAGAAUUUCCUCGCUCCAACAACGCUCAAUCUCCUUAAUUAUUAAACGGAUAUACACGCGUAUAUAAAGAAAAUUAUGGUCUAUCCGAUACUCGACGGAAAAAUGGGAAUAGUUUGAGUUUGAAUAUGUGGUUUGAAGAAUAACAAGAGGAAGCCCAUCGAAUGUCAGCAGGUACAUUACCUAAUAACCGUACUCGUCGAAUCGACGAAUUUCUCAGCUGCAGUUUGCAACGACAAACACAAUGACGGUGGAGAACAACGGUGUCUGGGAUCGCUCUGGAAUUAAUUCAAUGCAAGUGCAAGAAUGAAAAGGAGGGAUUGAAAACGAAGAAAACCUCGAGGGCCGUAGAAAGACAUCAUUAAUUUCUUCGGAAGCAAGAUGCAGAGAUAUCUCGUCGGUGAAGCAUCUUUUUCAAUUUGGCGAAACGCUGAGCUUGUUCUAUCGCCUCUCGAGGAUGAAGUGGUACCGAAUUAUAUAGGCUAGACGUUAUUCGCCCGGCGUUCGUCCCCUGGCUAUAAGUUUUUCUUGGGACCGUGUCUAUUUCACAGACACGGGUCGGCUGAAGUGCACCCGCGCGUCAUCCAUGCGAUUUUUUAAAAGUUCCUUCGUCCAACGGUUGUAUAAUUAAAAUAGACCGUGCCUCGAACAAAGCAGAAUUUUUAACGAGUUAUUUUUACGAGAUAACUCCGACUCCCACUCGCUUUCAACCAGACAGCGGCAAACUUCUCUUUAAUGCAUUAUUUCACGGUUCGAAUGUAUAAAUUACGCGAAAGCGGAUUCGGCGAUACGAAACACCGCUGCUUUCUUAAUUAACAGGCUACAAAGAAACGAUCGUAAAUUGAAACGAAAGAGCUUAAUACAGACAAAUGUUUAACAGAGCGUGAACCGAACAAAAAUUCCGGUUACAUAUUUUGCUGGCAGAUAGCCUUUUCUUUUUUUUUUUUUACGCUGCACCAAAAUAGCGAAACAUAUUUAUAUCAAUUUGUGCCAGAGCGAAUGUGUUUCCCCUUUCUAGAUAUAAUCUACGCAGUUCGUGGCGUGCCACGGUGGCUGCAAUGCAAUGCUGCUAUGCAAUCCUUAUUACACGACAUACUAAUGCCAGUGAAAGUAUUUCACGCGAAGACAGUUAUUUCCAGCGUGUUUAUUUCCCGUGGAAACGAUUCUUAUUUCAUUCCGUGUUUAUUAUCGUUGUUCUUUGAUAUCGAGCAACUAUCUAUUCUCUGGGAAUAUAGUCGGAAAAAUUGCACGAGGGCAUCUCUGCUAAUCGACUACGUACGUACGUAUUUUUUUCGAAAUCGCACGAUAUUCUAUAAAUUUCAUGCGAUAUAUAGUUGGCGCAAACACCUUUAUCGGAAGAAGCUACACUCGUAAUUAUCAACGACACCACCACGAAACGAUCGCACAGCGACCAAUAUCGUUUUUUCAUCGAUCUUGUCGGCCGCCCCACUCGUCGAUUUUGAAAUUCUAUAUAUUCAAUUUUUAGAAAACUCGCGGAAAUCCAUGUUCUCGUUUGCUACAGAAAAUUCAUCGAAAUAUUCUCGAAAAUUCGUAUAUUGCACGAUAUUAACUAUCGAGAAUUGAAUAUUCCUAUUUAUACACUCGCCACUGUAAAUAUACCAGAAAUAUAAUAUCGUACUUGAAACAAGCUUGUUCGACCCUCGAAUUAUUCGCCAUAUUGGAGUACUUUAACCGCAGACGCAACAUCUUGGUAAAUUUAUUUAUCGAUAUGUAACACCUAUAUGGUUUCCAACGAUUUAUUCAUCGUCUAAAAUCAUUCGCCGUGUUGCAACCAUCCUACGGAACGCACAAGCGCAGACACCCAAUUUCUCCGAAAAGAGAACACAAGGAAAAUGCGUGUGUCCGUUGCAAUGUCUUACGGGAGAUUGGCCUAAUAAUUACGCGUUGGCGAACCUUCUGAAGGUAAAAGAUAGAAGAUGCGUGAACAUAAGCCAGAGUGACGAAGGAAAAGCAGCGUGGCGGCAAGCAGAGAAACGAAGAGCGAGUUCGUGUACAGUGUACGUGACAACGAAUACAGCGAACAGUCGAGCAGAAAAGGAGGGAUACCCGCACAGAGUAUCGUUAACCGGUAUACACAAGAUUACGUUCUCCAGCGUGCAAAAGCGGCGAGGCACGAGUUAGUAUCGCGAGCGAACUCGGUCGACACGCAAGUCGCGUCCUCGCGUUCUGCGAAUCGUAUGGAUCGUUGGACGUCGAUCGUCGCGAGCAGGAAAACCUACAUGAAACGGUUCAAAGAGUCACGACGUCCACACUGACAUCGGAUACCGGCGUUUCUAUUUCUGUGUACCGUGUGGCUGGACUAUCGGAGCGACCAAGUGCAGGUUACGUAGCGUUUCGAACGAAAGGCGUAAAGAGCGUGUUGCGCGCAACGUGAGAGAGAAAGAAGAGGGAUCCGUGGAUCGGCCCCGUUAACCGACAGGAAUCUAGGUGUAACAGAAGAAAGCGGACGCAUUCGUGACAUCGGACAGUGCGGAGCCAGGAAAGGAUCAAGAGGGGCAAUACACCGGCUGUUAGCAAGGAUUAGCCAGUUCCUCGAGGAUGAGCUGUUGCUGUUGCACGGACGAGCCAUCGUCCAAAGUGGAGCCCAGGACACCGGAUCACGAGGGGAUGUCGACGAGGCAGCCGGACCAGUUUUUCGUUACCGAUCGAUCCUGCACUGAUAUCCUGAGUUUGAUCGUUCUGAUCGGCCUGGUCAUUGGUUUCGGUUUCCUGUUGAGCAUCGUCGCGCAGAAAGGAGACAUUUACCGCGUUAUAAAUGGCUACGAUGACUGUGCGAACGUUUGCGGUCGUAUCACGGAAAGAGAACGUUCAAAUAAUUCCGAUUUCGCAUGCAAGGGCAAAGACAUGACGAAAAACCGGUACCUGCAGAUUACGGUGGACACACGAGGGGUGAAAACGCGCACGUGCGUGGAAAAAUGCGACCAUCAGGACACGGUGUUUUUAAAUCGCUGCGUGAAGAAUGAAACGAUGGAGUCGAUCACUUCUUUGAUCAGGAAACUCGGUCUCGAUAACUUUUACAAGGAAGCCUCCAGGGAUCUUAGCGUUGCUUGGAGAGAGAUGGUUUACUUAUUACUGAUCGCUUUAGCUAUUUCAUUCGGCAUUUUAAUCGCUUUCCGCUACAUGGUGCAAUGGAUUGUUUACAUCGUUUUAACAGCCGUUAUUUUGGCGUCCAUCGGUGGUUCGGCAUUUCUUUGGUUAACGUGGUACAGAGAGAAAACAGCGGUGCAAAAGCAUGAAAUAGACGUGGAAGAUUCGAGCGAGCAGGCUUACAUAGUCUACGCGAUCAUACUGACUACUGUUACGGUCAUCAUUCUUCUGAUCGUUCUGGUAAUGAGAAAAAGAAUCGCCCUGGUGAUGCAGCUGUUCCAUGAGGCAGGAAAGGCUGUGUACGCGAUGCCAGUGCUCCUUCUUCAGCCUGUAUAUACUUAUCUUCUGAUCGGACUCACCGUGUGCGGCUGGCUUUACUGCAUGCUUUGGAUCGAAAGCGCGGGCAACAUUUACAAGAACCGGAAAAAUCACAUCCAUUUCAGGAAGGAUAGUGUUCUAAUCGCGACUAGAUGGUACAAUCUGUUCUUCUUCUUCGUCACCUGCGAAUUCCUCUUGGGCUGCCAGCAUAUAGUCGUCGCUGGCGCCGUUGCACGUUGGUUCUUUACCAGGGACAAGAAGCAGCUCUCUCUGCCAGUCGUCAAAAGCUUUGGUUAUCUCGCACGAUACCAUUUAGGCACUGUAGCAUUUGGCGCGCUGAUUAUUGGUAUAGUUCGACUGAUAAGGGCCGUGAUUUCCUUCGUGCAAAAUCGCCUCAAGAAAUACGACAAUGAUUGCGUACGAUUAAUCUUAUGGUGCUGUCAUUGUUGUUUCUGGUGUUUCGAGUGCGCUCUGAGAUUCCUCACGAGGAAUGCUUACAUCGAAACGGCUAUAUACGGAUGUAAUUUUUGUACGGGUGGCAAAAGAGCUUUUCAGGCUUUAGCCAGCAACGUGUUAAGAGUCGCAGCUAUCAACAGCGUUGGAGACUUUGUUCUAUUCUUAGGAAAAGUGACGGUGGUUACGUUGACAGUUGUUUCAGGAAUUUACUUGCUACAGAAAAAGGAAGGACUCCAUUAUCCAUGGGUACCGAUUGCGUUGGCCGGAUUCUUUGCUAUGUUGGUGGCGCAUUGUUUUAUUUCCGUAUACGAGAUGAUUAUAGAUACGAUAUUCAUCUGUUUCUGCGAAGAUUACGCGAAGAACGAUGGCAUCAACAGGCCGUACUUCAUGAGCCGUGGAUUAAUGGAAUUCGUUGAAAACAGCAAGAAAGCUCUCCGAUACGCGGAUCAUCACUCGUAAUGACGUUUUAUUGCUCGUUAAAAUCUUACGCGGCAUUUCGAAGAUAGCAGAACGUUCGGAUCGUGUCUUCGAAACCAUCGUGGCACGAAACAAGCGAAAAUGCCUGGCGAAUGAACGUUAUAUUAAACUUCGAACGUUCCAUUUUGCGAAUUUUCCAAAAAACACGUCGCGUGUUUCUUUACCUCUGUUUCUAAGUACAAGUACAGUAUCACGUAGAAAGAUGUAAAUGGUAGAGAAUUUAGAUCUCUGCUGACUGUCUAUUCUAGAUUCUAAUUAUAACGAUAAUUACUGUAACUAUAAAGGAAAACAUCCUAUAAGUAGAUUAUCUAUAUUUUUGUAUAAUAACGAAUGAGAAAGAUAAGCUUGAACAGACUUUUAAACAAAGAAUAAACGUAACUCAAAUUACGACUGAUCGACGAGUACAAUGAAGAAGCUGUCUGUAUCUUAACACGUAAUUUUCACGUAACGCUGUAUUUGUAUUUAGUUGCGUAAAUGCAGUGUACGCACACAUGUUCGCGUUCUUCCAAUCGCAAGGAUGAACGGAAUUACCGUUGUUGUUUUCGCGUUACGAAUUGCCACGAGUCAUCUUUAUCAAAGAAAUCCGUGUGGCAAUCUCUCUAAGCCACCCAAAGUGUUACAUUAUAUUUAAGUUAUAUUAUAUUCUGCGAUUUUUGCAGCGGCGCAGCUUGUUCUACGUAUAUGAACAACAAAUAUGACAACAUUCCGGUCUGUACGAAAUCGUACGAGAAAUAUUUCUUUUAUACAAAUCGAUCGCUUCUCCAUGACUCGUUCCAAACGUACGACGUACGUAGACGUACCGUUCGUAUGCAUUUACUCGCGUCGAUAAUAUAUCGUGUAGAGUAUCUCUUCUAUCGUGUAAAACAUCUCGUUUGUAUUAUAUUAGCGUAUAAAUAAUAAUCGGACAGUUGCAAACAGAUAUCGCUGCAACAUUGUCAAUGGUCCGAACAAGCAUCGUCUUGGAACACGUUCGAAACUUGGUAGCGCGUUUACCAAGAGCCGAUUUGAAAAUUUAUGAAAAGGCGAUACCGCGAGCGGAAGUGCACUUGAUGCAGCGACGAUAACGCUAUCCGAGUAAUUGCAGUCGCAUCGACCAUCGCGUGUCUAUGUAUCCACUCCCUUUCUUUCACGCAACGAAACCGCCCAUCGAUAAUACGCGCAUCUCCAGCGUCACACCUUUCGAUGAUCGAUCGUCGACAAUGAACAAGUACAACGUUAUUUUUAAACAUGGUCGCAGCUUUAAGUCACACGAUCACCUCCCCCGAAACAUUAUAGUAUUAUAAUUUUAAUAAAAUUCGUAUUUUAUGAACGUUUUCAUGCGACGAA